AUGCCCCCAUGGGGCCACCCUCGAAGCGCCAACGCCCGCCCGUUCGGGCGCGCCGCUGACUCCAACCCCGACGACGCGGCCGUGCGGCGACUCGCGUCAUACGUCGAGGAGCACGCCGACGAGCUCGAAUCCCAGCGGGUCGCCCUGGUUGCCGCUGCUGAGCGGGAGUACGACUCGCUGUUGCAGGCGUGCCGCGUGCCACUUACAAGGGCGCAGUGGGCCCAGUGGCUGGACGAGAACAUGGAGCAGUUCGCGGAGAAGAUGGAGUCCGCACCGGGCCGCCGCCGCGCCCGGAACCAGCGCCUGCGCGCCCGGCAUGGCCUGCCAGCGCCCGCCGCCCGCCUGGGGCCAGAGGGCGACCAGUGGAGGCCUUGCGCGACGCAGUGGGGGGCCAUCCUGGAGCGCCGUUCGGGGUGGCACGGCAUCCGCGUGCACCCGGACAGGAAGCACAUGUUAUUUUUGUACACCCUGGCUGGGAGAACGUACGCCAUCGACGUGGAGCCAUUUUCGACGGGGGCCCUGUUGAAGUACAAUAUCUUUGAGGAUUUUGAUGUGGCAGCAGCUAUCCGCCCGCUGGCUGUCCUCGAGGACGUUUUCACCGACGCUGCGGUGCGCGGGGUCUUUGGGUUUCGCAUGCGAGGGGGCCCCGCGCCUGGCGGGGGCCUGCUCCUUGCCGCCGAGGCGGGCCGCCGCCUCACCGAGCAAUUGCCCCGCCCGCGGCGCGCUGCGGAGCCCAGCGACGACGACGCGAGCGAUGGCUCGGGCUCGGAGGGUUCUGCGAUUCAGAAAGGGUUGGGCGGCGACGGCGGUUCUUCCGAGGACGACGUCUCAGGCCUGUCCGAUUCAUCCAGGGUCGUGGACACGGACGCAGAUUCCGCGCUCGAGGGAAGCAGCGUCGAGUCGGACUCGGCGCCCGAAUCUGGCGGCGAGCCCGCCAACAGCGACGCCCCCCUGGCGGUCCACCUCAGAGACCUACCGGGCCUCGGCCCCGAGGAGGGGGGAUGGGGCAAGAACAGAAGUAAGACAUUGACCCCCGCACAUUACGGGGAGAGCCGCGCCAAUCCUGUGCGGUCGAUCAUCACGCUCCGGUCCUGGAUGCGGCGGCGCGCUGGCGCCAACGGAUGGUCGGCCGCGCACCCAGGGCGGGCCCGCGAGUUCGCGGAGGAGGCUGCGCGAUUGCAGCGGGAGAUCCAGGACCUGCAGCCGCAGGCCGGCGGUUUGCUGGGAAAUGCCAAGGCGGACGCGCUGAUCCGCCAGUGGGUGCCUGGCAUAGUGGCCAACCUCUGA